GAACAUGCAUGAACAUCAGCUGUGCAGCUUUGCUUGGCUUUGGAAGCCACGUCGCGCUUCCGGCUCAUUACAGCUAUGGUUCCAGCGGUCGUUCCUGAAUGUGCGAGAUCGUUGACCUGGAGUCGGAUGAUGCCAUCCUCGUGUCAGACGAGGAAUCUGAAGAGGAAGUCACCGAAGUCACGCCAGCAGCGGUGCUUUGUGUUGGAAUUGUUGAAGCAGGCACGGAGCGGCUGCUGGAGCUGCUGUGUCGGCGCCACGUCUCCAGCGUGGUGGACGCACGAGUCCAGCCUGAGCGGUCGGUGGCGCAGCUGCGGCGCAGUUGUGCCGCACGGGGCCUUGCCUUUGAUUGGCGUCCGGCGUUGAGCAGUCGAGGCUCCGGAGCUCCUGCUGGGGAUCGUGCCGCAGCGGUGUUGCGUCUCGCUGCCGCUGCCCAAGGAGCUGGUGAGAAGGGAUGGCCCUGUGUGCUCUUUGCCGGGGAGGACUGGCACAGGUGUCCAGCACGGCAGCGCCUGGCCGAAGAGCUUGGAGCUAGACAUGUUGAGCUACGUCACACAAGCGAGAAGGACAAAGUGCCUUUGGCUCCAGUGACUGCGCAGGUGCCGGCACUUCCGCGUAAGAGGAAAAGGAGACCUCAAGGCGGCGAGCUUUCAGGAGGCUCCCUUCUCAGCAUCAAUAGCAUCCCUGGUGCUGAAGGUGAGACGGUCUUUGAGGACAGAUGCAGUGGACCCAGGCGGAAAAGGCUCAGAAGCCUUGCCAAAGUAGCACUUGCGGCAGCCGCAGCAGGCCUAUCAGUGCUCGCGUACAGACGGCUGCAGGAAGCCUUUCAUCGAAGAAAAGUCUUGGAACAGCUGGAAAGGUGGACAAACCGCGGUCCAGCCAAAGAACCCGUGGUGGAUUGCCAGGUGCCUGUUGAGUAUGGCGCAGAUGCUGAGGACGUGGAAUAUGACGUGGUAGAGGUGCCUGUAGGCCUUGCCUUCGAAUGCGAGCGUCUCAGGCAUCAGCUGCGUGAGAAGUUCCUUUGUGACGAUCUGAAACUGAUAGAGGAGUUGUCAAGCUACUUUGAGAAGAGCUCUGAGAACGAUGAGGCGCUGCUUGAGCUGCCAUGGAUCGAUCUAGCUGCUUUGGCGCAGCUUACGUAUUGGUAUGACCGGCGCCCUCGUGGUGAUGAGGUGGAACUCCCAAAGGAGGAGCGACCUCGCGAUGCUAAGUAUGGGCGAUGGACAAAGAAGAUCAGCAGGGAGAAGGUCAUUUAUUCCUCAGUGGGACUGAAAUCUCGGGUGCGAACCAGAGGACAUUUGGGUGCAAAGGUCUUUCGGCGCCCGGCUGGUGUAGAUGUGACGCGUUUAUCGACGCUGCAGCGCGCAGCAUCACUCUGUGGCCAUGAUCAGCUGCUAGAACUGGUGGAGACCACGAUGGAGAGCUUGCGCCCGCGCAAUGUGGCGCGCAUCCCUUGGUCAGAAGUUGAAAGGCAUAGCAGCAAGGAUGACCUUUGGCUGCUGAUUGACGGCAAGGUCUAUGAUGUAACUUCCUUCUUGUCGCUUCACCCUGGGGGUGGCCAGCUAGUAGUCGAUGCAGCUGCGCAGGAUUCCACAUCGCUCUUCGAAAAGACACAUGGAGAAGGUUUACGGUACUCCUUGCGGUUGCUGAAUCAGUUCUUCAUUGGCGUUUGUGAGAACCCCGCUGAGGCCAAAGUUGCAGACGAGGAGCAUCCUUCGCCAGAAUUCUUGCAGACUUUGAGGUCUAUCACUGGCGCGCUUCACACCUUUGAUGAGGCAAAGGCUACUGGAGAAGCGCAGGGCAUACUGAGAUAGAUAAGCCUAGGAAAACAAGAGCAUCAAAGUCGGCAAAGCAGAUACUGACAGG